CGCCGUACACUUCACCCGGAAAGCUAACCUGUCAGGUCGCUAUGGGAUUUUUCCCGUUUGUUUUCUUAAUUUAUUGCUAAGCCUUUGCCGAGUGUUUUAGUUUAUUUAACACGGAACCAUGAAGGAAGCCACGAAAGAGGAGUUUCCGUCGGCGUCACCUGGCUGCCGCCCCCCAGGGUGCCCCCGUGACGCUCCUCGCGGGGGAGACGACGCCGAGAUGGAGAUAAAGCAGAUAACCUUGCACGAGCGAUCCCAGGAGGCCAAACAGCACAGCAAGAAGAAUGGCGUUUUAACUGCGGACAUGGUCUGCAGGCACGUGUCCAGCCAGGGGCGAGUUGGCACCGGGCUGCAGUAUUUGUACCACCACCUGUGUUUGCCUAGUCAGGAUCUCAGGGACAUCUCUGUUUUAUGCAAUUAUGUCCAUCUUCAAAAGCUGCAACUGCCACACAACAAAAUCAAAGAUUUAUCCUGUGUGAGCCACAUGCCCCAACUCGCCAUCCUGGACGCUUCUCACAACGAAAUCUCCAGCUUCUUUGGAUUCCAGCCCCCCAAGAACCUAAAAGAAGUCAAUUUCUCCCACAACCAUAUAACAAAAAUGAAGGACUUGUCAGCCUUUUCCUCUCUUAGUAAUUUGGAUCUGGGCCACAACCGUUUCAGUGCGAUCGGGGGGCUUGAGCAAUGUUGCAAGCUCACCAAUCUCAACCUGGAACACAACAAGAUCUCGAGGAUCAGCGGCCUGGACAGUCUGCCUCUCACACACCUCUGCCUUAGGGGAAACCAGCUGGAGAGGAUUGAAGGGUUGGAUAAGCUGAAGUCUCUGCAGGUUCUCGACCUGUCUCUGAACCGCAUCAUCGCUCUCUCUGGCCUCCAGAGUCUCCACCUACUGGGCUCUAUCAAUGUGGAGAAAAACCUGAUCAGUGAAAUUCAGGAGUGCAAACACAUUCAUGAUCUCUUCCUGUUGAGGGACCUCAACCUGCUGGGAAACCCUGUGCAGGAGCAACCCGAUUACAGAUCGGCAGGCGUCUUCCUCCUCCAACAUCUGACGACGCUGGACAAAGAGAAGGUCACUGCUGAAGAAAAGGUGUCGGCAGUAAACAAGUAUGAUCCUCCUCUGGAUGUGGUGGCAGCCAGGGAUCACAUGACCCACCUGGUGUAUCAUCUGAUGCAGCCUCAGGAGCUCUAUGACAGUACCAUGCCCAGUGCUGACACACCAUAUCCCAUGCUGGUUUUGACCGGUCCUCAAGGCUGUGGGAAGAGAAAUCUGGCUCACAGACUGUGUGAGGAGUUGAGCGAAUACUUCGCCUACGGAACCUGUCACACCACUCGGGGGCCGUGCUCGGGAGAGGAGGAUGGAAUUGAUUACCAUUUUGUCAGUGAGGACAAUUUUCAGAACAUGAUUCACAUGGGUAAAUUCAUCCAGACCACGCAGAACGGGGGUCGCAGCUACGGUCUGAGCAGAGACGCCGUAGAGGAAGUAGCCAAAGAAGGACUGGCCUGCUGUGUGCACAUGGAGCUGGAGGGCGUGCUCAGUCUGAAGAACAGCCACUUCGAGCCUCGAUACAUCCUGCUCAUCCCCACCCAGGUGGAGAAGUAUUUGGACAACCUGAAAAGCCGCGGCCUCGAUACCACGACGCAGAUCGAACUGGCGAUGUCCCGCGUGGAGCUCUAUGCCAGUACACAUAGGCAGAGACUGGGAUUCUUCGAUAACGUCAUCCCCUGUGAUGACUGGGAGGAAGCCUAUCAGACGCUGAAGCAAAUAGUGAAGGAGUACCUGUUGGUCGAGGAGAAGGAAGAAGGAGAAAGCCAGCACAGCGCGUCGCCUGACGACCCCUCAACUGGUCCCCAGCUGGAGGAGAAGCAUCUGUCUCCAACCCCGUCGAGGUCAGGAUCGAGGUCACUGACGCCACACUCCGCCAAAGCGCUUGACCCCUCGGACCUGUCUUACAGACACUACUUCAACAAGAUCCAGUUCGAGCUCGGCCCCCAGAAGAGCGCCGCCGAGCUGGCUUCCAUCGGGAGGCGUGAGCGGCUGGUGAGAGAGGCCAUUGUGGGGAAGAGUCCCGGGAUCUACAGCCAGCUCUUCAAAAGCUCUGCUCAAACGGCACCGUCACCCGUGCUGAAUCCCGAUCCCCAUUUUAGUGAGGACAACAGCAGCUCCAACGAGUCCCGUGCCAGCUCGGCGCUGAAUGUGCCCGGUUCUGCCGGGGGCUUUUCUGCCUCAGUGCAGCCACUAGACAUGUCUGUCCUGGGACACACCUUGGAAACACUCAAAGGCGAAACCCCCGAGGCCCCGCAGCCGGGCACGGACCUGCUAGCCGUGGCCGUGUCUCCAUCCUCCGAUAGACGUCCCGGAUCCAACGUCAAGCCCAUCCUGCCACCCAUCCCGUCCGGGCGCAAGACCCCCGCCUCGCCCGGCCCCCAGUGGCCCCAGCCCAGUGCCGUCCACCCGGACGCAGCGGUCCGAGAGGGAGGAGACGUAGACAGGGAGGGAAAGCUUCACGUAGCUCAGUAGAGACUCAGCUCAGUCGGUAAAAGUAUUGAAGGAUAUUACUUAAAAUAUGAGCAUAUUCGGUUAAACUGAAAUGAAAUGAAAAGUCUGUACCGGCAAAAGGUAAAAGUCAACCCAGAGUGUGAUGUGAUGAACACUUGUUAGAACUGUCAGCACUGGUCUCUUCCUGUGAAACGUUUCCGUCAUCUUUUGCAAAUGCUAUAUUAUAAAAGAUAAGUGUUGUUAUUAUUAACCAUGCAUAUAGAAUGAGAUGUGAUUAUAAUUUUAGGCAAAGCCGUGUUUUGUCGAUUCACCGGCUCAAUGGCCGGAAGGCAAAGUGUUGACAUUUGUUAUAUAAAAAACAGCUCCCACACAGAUUGCAUUUCAGUCAUGAGGAAUACAGUGAUGUGUUAACGACUGGUUAUUUCUUCGUUUAUUCACAUUUAGUGUCUGGUCAUCUUGAAAAAAAUGAAUGUCUACAAAGGACGUGAUACAUU